ACGCUCACGCCCACGCCCACGCCCACGCGCCAGCCAGCCAGCCACCGGGCAUCCCUCCUCCCAUCUCUCUCUCUCGCGCGCGCGGGGGCGCGAGGUCGGACGGGCGGACGGACGGACGGCCGGCCCGCGCGCGUCGGCGUGCGUGCGUGAUGCGGUGGUGACUGGCGGCGAUGAGCGCGUGAUGGCGCCGCCGUUCCUCAAGACCGGGCACGGCCGCGACUCCAGGUUCUCCUUCAGGCGGCGCAAGUCGGGCAAGGCCUCGUCCACGCCCUCCUCGCCGCUCUCGUCGGUGUCGUCCUCGGCGUCGUCGGAGGACGUCCUCCUCGACCCCGGGAGCCCGACCAUGGACCCGUCCGCCAAGACCCAGACGCUGCCGUGCGCCAGGCGGGCGCUCUCCCGGAGCAGCUGCGGGUCCAGGGGCAAGUUGUCCGUCGACCUCAUCCCGCCGCCGCUCGCCGGCGGCCCCUCCGACGCGCCCAGGUCGUCCACGUCCGCCGCGCCGCCCCCCAAGCCCGCGCCCCGGCCCGAGGGCCCGCCUUCAGACGCGGACAUGGUGAAGGAGAAGUUCUCCAAGCUGCUGCUGGGGGAGGACAUGUCCGGCACCGGCAAAGGAGUUUCGUCGGCUCUCGCUCUGUCCAAUGCCAUCACCAAUCUCGCAGCUUCCGUGUUCGGUGAGUCGCGGCGUCUCCAACCGAUGGCCCCUGAGCAGAAGGCUCGGUGGACAAAGGAGAUCGACUGGCUUCUCUCGGUUGCCGAUUUCAUCGUCGAGUUCGUUCCUUCACGCCAGGAGGCAGAGGAUGGCAGCACCAUGGAGAUUAUGAUAACUCAGCAACGCAGAGAUUUGCUGAUGAACAUCCCGGCAUUGCGCAAGCUGGACGGAAUGCUCCUUGACUAUCUCGAUAGUUUCAGCGACAAGCAGGAGUUUUGGUAUGUGAAGAAAAAUGACAAUGAAUCCGAGAAUGGCGACACGGCGGAGCAGAGUGACAAAUGGUGGCUCCCGACGGUCAAGGUCCCACCCGAUGGUCUGUCAGACUCGACGAGGAGAUGGCUUCAGCACCAAAAGGAGCUUGUCAACCAAGUCUUGAAGGCAACAAUGGCCAUCAAUGCUAAUGUUCUCAUGGAGAUGGAUGUUCCAGAAGCUUACAUGGAGACUCUGCCUAAGAAUGGGAAAUCUACACUUGGGGACUCGAUGUACAAGCUUAUAACCGACGAUUAUUUCGACCCCGAAGAACUCAUAGCAACGGUAGACCUGUCGAACGAAUACAACAUUGUUGAUCUGAAGAACCGGAUUGAAGCGUCGGUCGUCAUUUGGCAAAAGAAAAUGCAGAGGGACGGCAAGUCGUGGGGCCAUGGCGUCAGCCACGAGAAGCGGGGCCGAUUUGAGGGGAGGGCGGAGAACGUUCUUCUCCUCCUCAAGCACAGAUUUCCAGGGAUUUCCCAAUCAGCUCUGGACAUCAGCAAAAUCCAGUACAACAGGGAUGUUGGCAGUGCCAUUCUGGAGAGCUACUCCAGAACACUGGAGAGCCUAGCCUACACCGUCAUGUCCCGCAUCGAGGACGUUCUCCACGCCGACUCCCUCACCCAAGACCCCAAGAAAGGGGACUCGAUGAGGAUGCCGAGCUUGACAUCCGACGACACGGACACGGUGGUCCAGGAGGCCAAGGACGAGAUGGGGAGGCUGGGAAGAAUGGAGCCGGUUAACUCGACAUUGUUCGACUACGUGGGGCCCCGGGACGGCAGCAUUGAGACCAUGAUACUAGAGUCGCAGGAUCCCCAGGGUAAGAAGCUGAGCAAGGUCUCGCAAAUCGGCACCAAGAGGUACUCCUACCUGGACAAGCUUGAGAAUCUGAGCGGAACAAGGAGCCCCAUAUCUAGACACUAGUUGCGCGCCGCUGCCCGUAGGGGGGGUGGGGGAGACACAUGUGUGCUUGAGCCUCCGGAGUGAAAUGCAUGUAAAUAUGUGUUGAGAGCAUUGUGAUCAAGGUGCAGAACUUUGGGUGUACCAUUGUGACUUGUGAGGUUUAUGUACGCUUUCGGACACCUGUGUGUAUCUCCAUUGUGUUGGAUCCCCACUGGAAAUUUGGUGCAGAGGCCAAGAUGAUGUGCUGCUCAAGUGUGACCCCCCAUGCUCUAUACAUGAACCAAAUAAUCAUGAGAUCUUCCACA